CCCGCCACGAUGAAGACGUCGACGCGCUUCGCGCUCGUCCUCCUCGCGCUCCUCGCGCUCAUCUUCGCGCCCGCGGCCGCGCGCGCCGCGGACGCCGCGGUCGAACCCGCGACGACGCGACCGCCCGCGGACGCGCGCGCCCCGCGCCCGCUCGCGAAGCUUUGCGAAUCAUGCGAGGCGUUCGUCGAGAACGGCGAGGCGUUCCUCAACGACCCGGCGACGCAGGAGAAGUUCCAGGCGUACGCCGUGAAGGCGUGCGAGACCGCGGGGAAAGAUAAGAACAUGUGCGAACAACUCAUCGCGUCAGGGAUCCAGUCCGCGACGCAAUUCAUCAACGACAACGUCACGCCCCAAUCCGCGUGCGACGUCGCCGGUUUCUGCGCGCGUCACGACGCGUCCAAGGCGACGACGCCGAAGGAUCCGUCGCGAAUGUCGCGGUUUCUCUCGCGCGCCGUCGUCGCGCCUGCGCCGCCGCGGCCGGGGCCCGGCGCGGACUGCCUCAAGUGCAAGUUCGCGGUCGAGUCGCUGCACGCCGCAGUGUCCUCCCCGGACGCGAUCACGCAGCUCAUCGCGCAGGCGGACGAUCUGUGCGACAAGUACGCGGCGCAGUUUGAGCUCGACGCCGAGUGCGAGGCGGCGGUUGAGAAGUACGGGCCGUCGGCGCUGACCAAGGCGUCGGCGGUGCUCGCGGACCCCGCGCGCGUGUGCGCGGAGCUCGAGAUGUGCCCCGCGGAGAACCCCGCUGCGUCCGCCGCGAGGGCGAACCCUCUCAAGCCCGGCCGCGGCGGCGAGCUCGGCGAAGAACAACCCGGCGGGUUCAAGAUUAAAGCGCUCGGGGAUAAGUUCAAAGGCGCGCUCGGCGAAGCGAGAGCCAAGCUGAUGAAGAAGGGCGGCCCCGAGCGGAUGACGCGCUCGGUGUUGAAGAGCAGCGUCGCGCGGCGGAACAAGGCGAAGGCGGAGCGCGAGAAGACAUCCUUGGGGGCGAAGAGACGAUGAGCGAGAGAUGAGAAGAAAGAAACGCAUGGAGUGUGUGCGUUUUUUUAUGUGUGAGUACCUUGUACGACGACUGCUACGACCAAACAGACA